CUCCAGGCCAAAUAUUUAACCAAGUUUUGCAUACCCAAAGAACGCAGAGAGAGAGAGAGAGCAAUUCAAAUGGGGCGUUGGAUGAAACCAGAGAUCUAUCCUCUAAUGGCUGCAAUGACCUUUGCUACUGGGAUGUGCAUUUUCCAGCUUACCAGAAACGUACUCCUCAACCCUGAUGUCAGGGUCAAUAAAGCUCACCGUACCACAGCUGUACUGGAAAACCAAGAGGAAGGAGAGAAAUACGCCAUACAUGGCCUCCGCAAGUUUCUUCGAACUCGACCGCCGGAGGUCAUGCCGGCUAUCAACCAUUACUUCUCCAACACUACUGAUUGAUUAAGUUAUAAGCAGCAAAUACAGAUAGAACCAUGAAAGAAAAUAAGUGUCAACUUUCAUUUCUGUUGGUGCAAUGCACUUAAUUACUGAAAUCAUCCAUGUUACCCUGUUCUGUAAAAUGAUCACAAAAU